AUGUCUGAUCCUCCAAGUGUCUUUAACCUUGUUAGUGUCUUUACUUCACCAUCUCUUUUAUCAGGUCCAGUGCCUCUAAAGGCAGUUUAUAAAGACUGUGCAUUCGUUUUAAGAUAUGCUAUAUCUCAUGAAGCAGGUGCUGCAAAGAUCCUCAAUACAACUGAAAGGGAUGAAACCUCAACCUCGACUACCAAACCAGCUGAAAUCGCAGGAUCACCUGAACAAAGUGAGUUAUCUGAUCCAUGGCAAUAUGCGGUAGCAGCUAAAAAGGCCAUUCCUUUUGAUCAAACUGUAGAUUCGGAUCAACAACUGAUCAAUCAAAGGCUUAACCAGACCAGCCGUGCUAGUAACUCGUCUCAAAGUAGCAGCGGGCCACCCGCCGACUUGACGAAGGAUCUUGCUCCUCCCAGGAUAACAAAAACCUUUGAGUCUGAAAACAUACCAGGCACCCCAACACCCGCCAGUCAAGCAAGUGUCCACGAGGACAGUAUUGGUGCGAGGAUCACACCUCAGGAGACGCGGGCCAAAGCGGGAAUGAACAAGAUGGCAGGACAGCGAGGUCAGUCCAGGCGGACGUUGACCAACUUGGCUGGGGUACAGAUGGCAUCUACGCAGGCACCUAAGCGGGCCAAUCAGAAGGCUACUCAAGGCAGGCGUGUAGAAGAAAUCAAGGCGGCUUCCUGUGAUAACUCCCGUGCACAGUCCGCCGACGGAGACGAAGAAGGUGACUCACGCUUCAUCUACAUGCGCAGAGCUGCGUCAGUCAGUGUCGUCGAUUCACGAAAAGAUCAAGAUCAGGCCCUUGAGGUGGAUGCCAGGAAGCAGAAGCCAGCUGCUGAACAUCAACCGAGCCAAGAUUCUGGGGUCGAGAUGAGUAGGAAGCGUAAGAGUGCAAGGCUUCCUAGCUCUGAGGCGGAGUUAUCCAGUCGUGCAACCCAUCCUGAAGGAGUGCUAGAUGACGAAGAGACACGACCAGCAGCCAAGGAUCGGACCCAAGGACCUGCAAAGCAUGGCAGUCAACAGGAAAUCUCGAUGGACAUCUCUGAUGAGGAAGGGGACGUCACUCUCACAGCACUUGAUCACGAUAAGAUAGAAGCCGGUGUGUUUACCCCGAAAGACCCGGUCAAUGUGAAGGAAGGUCAAACCAAGGAGAAGAAGGCUGAGGACGAUGAGGAAGAUUAUGACCCCGAGCGCACGAUGGCCAUUGAUGAGGCUCGUGAGGAGUACCAGCUGGAAGGCAAUCAAACGGAGUUCAAGAUCAUUGAGGCGUAUCAAUUCAAUGAGAUUCCUCGACUUUACAAGGCGCCUGAGAUUGCACCGGCGCGUCAAUGGAAGCCUAAGAGGAAGGCUGCAGAUAAUCCCAUUGGGGAAAUCACAUUCACCAAGUAUUCUCACGCACCAGGACCUUCUAAGAAGGCUCGACGUGAGGCGGUGUCGAGUGAUGCGGAUGAAAAUGCGGACAUUGGAGUCAAGUCAAAGGCCAACGUUAAAGGCAAGAGUGAGGCUCCCCCACCCAAGAGUACCGAGCAGGUCACGACUAGUGACAAAGAGGACGACCCGGUCGCGCUAGCUGCCAAGCGUAAUGAAAAGGCAUUGAAAGCGAAGGAGGCACAAGCUAAGGAGGAUGUAUCGCCGGUGGUCGCAUUGAAUCAAAAGAUGCGACCACGUCAGGAUGUGACUAGACUAUGCACAUGGCUUGCAUACUCUUCAUUUUGCAUUUUCCCCAAGAAUGCAACUCCUACGUUUCAAAAUCCCAUGCUGAUCCUAUCUUUACACCCUUCUUUGACAGAACUACUCCUCAAACCGAGCAAAGCUGAGAAAACGGUUGUUGCAGCCCUUGACAAAAUCUUGAGUGCUCCAGGAUUUCAGUGGGGUGACGGUAUGGCGGCGAACGUGAAGAACAUUAUUCGAACAUGGCACUUUGUCGAGAGUUCUUUGGACGACAAACCGACUAAGGAACAAAUGUAUGAGCAUACGGUUCAGAUGAGUUACCUCUGUGAAGAUGACAAGAUGCGGGAGAGAAUUCAAACUUGUAAGUUAUCUAAUCUAUGA